AUGCUUAACCUUAGCCUGGAUAGGUUUCUGUUUCUAUUUCGAUACGGACGUCGAUGGUCCUCGCGAGGAGUCAUCGUCUUCGUGCCUGGACUGUGGGGUGUUUUGCAACUUCCUGGUUGUCGCAUUAAUAUGUCAGUUGAAACUGCGGCGACAAACCAAGUGCCUCUGAAAGCUUUACUGGAGACAGAAUUCAUGGGGUUUUAUAAUCACGGUGUAAUGUUCAAACCUACCAGAUACAACUGUUUUCAGCGACGAGCGAGAAGACAAGGACACAUUUAAUACGCAAUGGAAAGUGGAAGUGGCGAUGCCUCGGAUAAAGGUUUUUUAAUACCUGUGUCAGACUCUUUGGACGUCUUUCAAAGCAGUAUUUUGGCUCCACUUCAAAAUGCGUACUUGUACGAAGAAUCCAAGCAGUUUUUCAGAUAUAAAUCUGCCUUUUUGGUAAAGAAUCCCGAACUGGAAGAAAAGUACAACACUUUCCGAGCAAAGAAGAGAAACGCAGGCUAUUCAGAGAAUGAGCUCAAGGAGUCAUAUGGAUUUUUGCUGUUUGAUGAUGGCAGCAAGGCUAAUGCCCUUGGAGUAACUGGUUUGUUAACUGGGAACAGCACAUGUACAACAUUGGGAGAUCCUUUGAAGGGUGUUUACAUAUCGAUGUACUCUGACUGUUUGGAUCUGAAUCGGUGGUAUCAUGGAAAAUCUGGGUACAUUGCCAUCAUCAAGCUAACAAAGGGUAAAGUUCAAAAUGUUGCAGAAAACUACACCCAGAACUACACUGAGCCCACUGUGGGCUUUGACUGUCAUGUGUCCGAACAUUUGCCUUCAGUAUCUGCCAAAACCAGCUCAUUUCUUGCCUUUGAGAGAACCCAGUAUUAUGUAUAUGAGCUGCUGGAUGAUGGAAGCAAUGGAACAGCUCAGUGUCCCAGUGCUGCCUGUCCAUUUGCUAUUGUAUCAUUUUCAUAUACGGACACCAAAGAAACACUUUCUGUUCCAGAAGAGAGAAGUGAGGUGAAAAAACUUGCUUGCCAUUACUUGCUGUGGACGGGUCAGCUUCAGAUCGAUGGGCAGACCUACGCUGUUAAGCUGAAGCCUGUUGUGGGAGCUUCCAUCCCAGCAAAAUUGCCAUCUGUGGUGAAAGUUAACAAAAUCAUUUCAAUGUCAGAUCUGCGGCGACUGUUGCCAAGAGCUAUUUUUGAAACCUCCUACUCUGAUGAGGUCUUUCACGAUGGCUUUUACUGCAGUCUGUGUGAGUUUGUGCCUUCUGAACUGGAAGAAACCAGUUCAUUUGCACAGCUUUUGUGGGAGAUCAAGGAGAGAGAUCUUGCUUUUGCUAUUCCUCUCAAUGAUAGUGGAUUUCUUAUCCUGCUGCACUCUUCUCACUUCCUCACAUAUGAUGAUGCUAGUUCCAGUGCAGCGGAGGUCCUACAAGGCAUUUUUGUGUUUCCUGACUCCCGAGUUGUAAGGGGAGACACAAAAUUUGGAAAGAGAAAUUCAGGCAUGCCAUCUGAAGUCCUCCAGGUUCUACCUGUACUGAGUUAUGUAGAGGCUGAAAUUGAGAAAACACCUAUGGACUCAAGUGAAGAACUGUGUGAUGUGUUGACACAGCAUAUGCAGCGAUUUGCCACAUUGAUAAACCCAGGACUGCCAAUAAGUCCCUCACGGGAAGUCAGCAUUUUUCCAGAUCAGUAUGAUAUAGCAGAUGCUCACAAACAUCUCUAUUCGUUGCCUGAGUGGGCCACCAGGAGGUGGCAGAGUUUGAAAUCAUACUUGAACAAACCAGCCUCCUUUCAACUUCCAUUAUCCAAGGUUUCAGAAAUCCUGAUUGCUGGACAAGAGGAGAGAAGAGAAGACCUUGUUGAUGAUGUUUAUAUCUGUCUGUCUUCACCUGAGGAGGCACCAGCCAGGCCUGUUAGCACGGAGCUAGACAACCAAAUAUGUAACCAGCAGUCUCCUGUUAAUGUUGAAACAUCUGUGGACAUUGGUAUCUCAAGUGUUGAACCUCAAGUUGACCUAUUAUGUGCAUCUCAGAAUGUGGUGCAGGACAAUUUGCGAGUUGGAGGUUUUACCAAAGACGAAGACAAAUGCAUUGACCCCACUGACUUAAACAAAAGUGACGAUGCAGGGGCAAAAAGUUGCCUUUCUCCUACUUCUGAGGAUCUUCCCACAGAGCUUAUUGUUAGCAUUACCUCAGCAGAGCGAACUGACAUUGAUGGAAUAAGUGUUGUCAGUACUGUUUCAACACCAAAGCACAAUGACCUUCAGUUUUGUGGUUUGCCAAUCAGAGCAAAAUUGCAAACUGCAGAUUUGAACUCUUUUAGCGAUGAGACUGACCAAACAAAAAAGGUUUUGGAUUCUUCUAAGGCCACCAAUCUCAGAGGAACAAAAAAGAGGAAAUGGCGCAGAGGACGUUCCAAAGCACAGAAAAAGGCUCCUAGAGCACGUGCUGAGCCUCACAGUUUACAGUCAGUGUCAACACCAGUGGAGGUUGUCAGUUUAAACUGCAACACAGAUGACUAUGGCGAGGAAUUGGAUCAAUCUCAUUUGAGUAAUCCUCCAGAAAGAAAUUGGAGGAAAUUUCAGCGGCGUAAGCGUAGAUUUGGAAAACUAUCAUCAAAAAGUAAAAAAGUGAAAUCCGUAACUGUUGCUUCAGCCGAGGUGAAAGAAUCAGACCCCAGAAAGCAGACCUUGGAAAACACGGUUCUAAUGGAACUUGAAGCUCUUCCUCUGAAAAAGAAAACUGAGCGCUGGGACCUCAAGCCAGUUAUCAGCAAUUGUGGAAGAAUUUUGGUUCCUCAUGGGUCUAUAGAUACUUCUGAGCAAGUUAAGUCUUUAAAAAUUAAGCUCCAGGCUCUAAUUGAUCAGGGUCUUAAAAAAAUGUUGAAUGAAUCUCCUGUGAAUGAUCCUGUUACAUUCAAAAUGGAGGAGGAGGCAAGGACUACUUCAGAGAUGGCAAUAGAUGAAACUGGCGCCACAAAACCAACGGAUGGCGGGAAUCGUAUUCAAAGUGUCCUUCCUGCUGAUUCUGAUAAGAGCAUUUUAAGACCGUCAGAGCAUACUGAAGGUUCAGUACCUUUGACUCUGGAGAAUAAUGCUACUUCUUCAAAGGAUGAUGACAUGGAUACUACUCAACCACCAGCAGUUCUGGAAAAACGAGUUGAAAAUUUUUCUUCCAGAAAAGGUGAAAAUCUUCUGAGUAGACUAAAAUCUGCUCUUUCUAGACGAAAGAGAAAACCAGAUUUCCAUGUGACAGUAGAAAAGACUGAAAAUACUGCCCAAGACGGUGAGGUCUGUCUCAAGAAGGCCAAAGGGGACUUUGAUAUUGAGCAAGUAAUGUGUAGUAAUGGAACUACUCAGACCACCAACGGUAGUGUCAAAGUUUCAAAGAUGCCAUCAGUCGACCCAGUUUUUGCAUAUGCCUUAGGCCUGACCCCUAGAAACAAUCCAGAUGAGGGUCAGAAAACGGAGGACCAGGCUGCACAGCAAACGAAAGAUUUGGAGACAAAGGAGCCCAUAUCUCUAGAAAAGCAGCAUCAGAUCAUACAAAAGCCUCUACCCAUUUUCCCAAAGGGCAUAAGGAUUAAGACACUGAAAAAGCAUCAAGGCAUCUCUGCAGAAAACAUAAAAAAGAAAUGGUGGUUGCAUUUUCAAACUCCAGGUUGUGAAAAAGUCAAAUACAAUACCUGUAUUAGGGAUAAUUGUGUCAGCAAGACUGUUAAGGGAAAAAUGAAAACUGCUUGCUCAUCUACAGAUGCUUUGAACUUACUUGCUGACUUGGCACUCAGUGACAGUAAUGACCAGGUUCCUCCACAACCAAAACCAGCAUUUGAGAGAAAACCCGAGACAGGUUUGAAGAAGUGUGACCUUACAAAGGGUCUUACCAGUGCUGAACAAGAGUCAGUUCUUCAUGCUCUGCUUAGACAGCCUGCUGCUAUAUCCAUUCCACCUCUUGAGUCUCCAUCACCAAGCUCACUUGUUGGAAACACUGAUUUAGUUGGUUUGGUGUCUAAAGAACAUGCUUACUCAUUGCCCCCAUCUUCCUCUCUACUGUUGGGUUUGCCAGGUACACCCUUCCAGGUACCACCAUUAUAUGGUUCAACCAGACUGCUGCACCAUCACCAGAUAAUGCAUGGGGAUGGAGUUCAAACACUACAUCCUUCUGUCAUUUAUGAAGACAUAAGUGAACACACAAGGACCUCAGACUACCUUCACAGGCACAAGCGACAUUUCAAACACUCUCGUACCUUUGUUAUGAAAGACGGAUCUAUCCAAGUCACAAAACAAUGGCAAGAAAACUAUGACUUUAAUUUGGACAGCAGGUUCACAAGCGACCCAAAGGACAAAGUUGUCAUUCGAGCUUUGCAUGGACCAUGGGAUUACUCCAUUCGUGACACUGGUGAAGAAGUACGACUCAUCUUCCACAUCUGGAUAGGCUUGUUUUAUAGCCGAUCAACAGCCAGGUUUUUUCAAGCAGACUCAAGUUUUAUGCACCUGUGUUCAGAGGGGAACGAUUCUUUGCUAAUGGCCAGUGGACUGGAAUUGGGCCUAGGUAUCCCAGAGCCCAGGGCCAACACAUCUGCUUCCUUCCCAAGUGAAACAAAUACUUCAGUCCCUUUGGUUUCAAAAGCUAUGGGCCUCAGCAUAAACAACAACACUGUAGUGGAACCAGAACCUGUGGUUUUGGAUUUAUCACUGAAAAACUCCAAUGCAGAACCUUCCAUUUCAAACCCUCAAGUCAACUUAAAAGUGUCCUCUGUGUCCAAUGAACCAACAGAACACGUUGAAACAAUAGAGGCUCUAAAGGUACCAAAAGAGCGACAGGAGGCAAACACAUUUCAGUGUGAAAAGAAGAUUGUGGAUUCCUCAGAGACUCUCAGUGAGGUGAAUGAUGUUAGAAACAUCCAGGAAAGUAUAAAGAAUGAUCAUCACCAAACAGCUGUUUGCUCAGAUCACACUGGUUAUCCAUCUUAUGAGGAUGACAGGUCAGUCUUUCCUCUACAAGAAGAGAUGCCAAGUGUACCAUUUGAGCCAGGAGCAGAUCAAGAAGUACUAGAUAUUGGGCCGGUGCUAGAUGGAUGCAACCAAGAUUUCACUCUUAUGACUGAUGGUACAGAACAUUCAGACUCUACAGGGAAGAGUCUGGUGGAAAAAGAUGGAAGGGAUUUGUCUAAAUCUCUGACAGAGGUUGACUUCAGCACUAAGGAAAAUGAUGUGGUCUAUUCAGACAAGAAUGAUUAUCCAAAAUCCAAAGUUCAUAAAAGCCAUGCAAUGACAAACAACCAAUGUCUGGAAGACCAUAUAGAUCCUUCGCCAGAGGUGAUUCACACUGAUAAUGAUUCUGCUAACAAAGAAUCUGAUAUUUGUAGCAGAAAUUUUCUGGAAAAUAAAAAGCUGUUGUCACAGGAGGAAUGUCAAGCAGUUUCCCCAGAUCAGACUGAUCAUCUAAAUGGAGCUGUCAAUUGUACCUCAUCUGAAGGUACACAGUUGGAAGAUGAUCACUUGAGAGAAAAUGGACUUGUUAAGAAAGAGAGUUCCAUUUCUGCUGAUGAAGUUGACAGUGUUUUGAAGAAUCAGCCAUUACCCAAGAUGUGUGAUAGUCCAGUAAAAGAUAACUGCUUUUCAGAGUACAGUCAUCAAGCCAAAAAGGUUGAGCUGCUACCUCCAGAAAACACCGAAAACGAAGCCUGUGAAAGCCUUUGUGUGGAUCCCAACUCUCUGAAAGAUCAAAGUCCCAUUUCAGAUGCUCCUGACACACCAUCAGAGCUUGUUCCUGGUGAAUCUGAAUCUAAAGAAAAUUUAGAGAAUAUUCAUCAAGUAGAUAAGCCACUCUUUGAGAAGCCAGCAUUACCUAAAUCUGAUGAAAGUCUGACUUCAUUUGAUAGCUCUCAGAUAGGCUUAUCUUCUCCCCAAACAAAAGACAGUGCUGAAAUGAGAAAUGAAAAACAAGUAUCAGACUUUAAUUCUGAUCCAAACAGUAUAAAAAAUGCAGGUCAGGAAACCAAGUCAAGUGAGAGAGAGGAAAACACUGAGAAAGCAACUGAAAAAGAACUGUUGAUAGACCAGUCUGAUUCACCCAAGUCUAAGGUCAUCAACAGCCAUGAAAAUGACCUGUCAUUUACAAAAGAAACCGAUCUAAAAAAAGAUGCAAUAAAUGAGGCGUUGAACAAUAGUUGGGGUAGAGUUGUAACUCCAUUCACUGGCGUUGACACCUCUGGAGUGCAUGUGGUACAACCACAAGAUGAUGUUUUGGAAGCUGUUAAGGGCCAGGAAGCCAUACCAUUUAUCGGUGAAACUACCAGCCCUGUAACUGUCCAGCCAAAUGAGGUGUGUAGUACAUCUCAAAUUUGUGGUAAAGAAGCAGAACAGUCCUCUCUCAAAAUACCACUUCUUGAUUUAAAUGAAACUCAUGAACUCAGAAGCAUGUUUGACAGUAGCUGUCCUACUCCAACUAUUGAUGAAAGACCACUUGAGUAUAUGUCAUAUUCAAGCCCUAGCAGCAGCACUCAUGCUGACAUUACUCAAAAAUGUCCUAGCAGAAGCUCAAUGCCUGUUCGUGAUGAGCUGCCUUGUGAGCAAAAGCUUCAACCUUCUACAUUUAACACUAAUCAAAGUCUCAAUCAAGGGCUUGAUCCUGAUCUCGAACUAAGGACUCUUAGAGUUCUACAAAGUAUCAAGUACAUUGCCAUUUCAAAACACAUGAACAUUUCCAGUCAGAUUGAAACAAACAUCAAGAAAAAGUCUCUUGAUCAAAAGUGCAGAAGGAAGUCCAUCCCCACUUCCUUGGCAUCAAGCAAGACUCCAAAUGACCUUAAGAACAAGAAAAUAAAUGAUAAAAAGACCGUAAACUCACAAGAUCGACACCCCAAACCAUCAGAUAACAUUCCUUCAUUAUCUUGUGAAUUGGAGAAAGUACUCGAUGUAGAGUUGUUACUUAAGAAUACAAACUCAUCAAUUCCCCCACACCAUCUUGGGAGUGCUGAUCAACUGGAAAUUUCUGUAGGGACAAAUUGUCAUCUCUCCAGAUCUUUUGUCUCUACUCAGGGUUUGCAAGAAGAGCAUAAAACAUCACAAUCUAGCAUAAUCUUACAUAAUGAGUACCGACCAUACAGUCAGCGUCCUGUCAUGGCAGUAAAACCAUCUAAGAGUGAUGAAAGUCAGGCACCUUGCUUUUCUAAAGAUGUAGAUGUCAAAACUAACUCUCGAAGUAAACUGACCAAUGAUGUGAAAGUAAAACACUCCACAUCCAGUUUCAAGCUCUUGGAGAUGAAAGACAAUUCAGAAGGAAAUUCUGAUGCUAUAAAUUGUAACCAAGACCCCCGUGAGCUUUCUUCCAAAAACACUUGGUUAUCGAAUGUUAGUUGCAGUAAAUCUAACACAGAUGGAAGUAGAUACGCUCUUCUAGAGUCUCCACAACAGUACCAGGGAAGAAGCUUUUCAAAAUCUCUGUCUUCACAUCCAUCUAAGCAACCUUUUGAAUCUGCUGUAAGUUGCCCUGAAUUUGUGAGUGGAAAACAAGCUUUCUUGAGAUACAGUUUAAAUGAGACAGUUGAGCACACAGCUGAAGAAAUGAAAGAGGAAGAGAGCUCAGACAAGUCAUAUAUGUAUCAUAAAGAUGAUGGCAUAAGCAAAGAUGGGCAUAUUCUUGGACCUCGAAGCUCACUUGUAUGUACAGUCUUUAAUAACAAUGAGCAAAGAUCUUGCACUUUGCUAGAACAGCUUUCUCGAAGGUGCAUACAGGAUGACCUAACUCAAGCGUCACUAGAACAAGAGUCACUCAUCUUCUCCGAACAAAUAAAAAACCUUUUGAAAAAGAAUACAAGAGGACCCACAUGCCAGCAAAAUACUCAUGUCAAAUGCACCAGUCCUAUGACUGUCAACUUCUGCUGCUUAGAGGAACAGGAGGAUUCUCUGGAUUUCCUGGACACCUCACUUGUUGGACAAAUAAUAAAGGUAGACAUGUCCGAUAGGAAAGACCUGGCAAAUGCCACAGAGGAAGACAAGUUGUUGCAACCUCAAGAUGCAGGAAACCCAAUGGAACAUGCUGGAAUUUCUGGUGUGACUGCAGAAUGUGCUAAGCUCUAUGAAGCAAAGAUGCAUGAUGUCUGUUCAGUCAAAAAGACCCCAUACAGGCAUAAGGGCUGGAGGGUAGAUCGAGUUCACCCAAAGACUCAACCAAAUAACCCAUUUGACUUCUGUGGUCAAAUGAAGAAAGAACUGGAUGAGACCUUCCGGACUAAUCUGAAUGCAGUUGUGAAGAAAUCCUGUAAGACAAAGUACAGAUUCCACAUAUUAAUGACGUCAGAUGAUGCCUUCUUUGAAGAAACAAAGGCACAUUUAGAAGCUGCGGGCCAUACUGCUGUACAACCGGCUGAAUUCUUCAUUGGCCAGGACAAUUCUUCAUCUCUAUUCAUCAUUCUGAGAAAUGAAGAUAUUGAAGAGCACAUUUGCAAGAUACCACACUUGCUCCAGCUGAAGAUGUCACCAGGUGUGCAGUUUGCUGGGAUUGAUGAACCAGAUGAUGUUGUGAACCUCACACAUCAGGAGCUCUUCACCCGGGGUGGAUAUAUAAUGUUUGACAGAGCAGUACUGGAGCCCUUCAGCCUUUGCAACAUGAAAAAAAUAUCUGAAAUCUUGCAAGAGCUAAGCAGAAAGGGGAAAUGGAGAUGGAUGCUACACUACAGAGACAGCCGCCACCUGAAAGAAAAUGCGAGGUUGAGUGCAAAGGCAAAUGAGAAGAAACACUUCCUGCACUGGGGACAAGAUGCUGGAAUACUGGAAGUGUUGCCAUACCAUGAGUGCGACCUGAUGUCAAAAGAUCAGCCUGAUUAUCUGACAUGCUUGCUCCGACUGCAAGUCCAGAAUAUAUCAUCUCGUCAUACAGUUUUUAUAACUGAUACAACAGACAGUGCCUUUGAGAAGAAUGGGAUUUUGACAAUGACUCUGAACACUUUUUUGACAAAGACUUUGAGUGAAACCUUUACAGUCUGACCAAAAAGGUCAAGUGGGCUGACUCAAGUUCGCAAAUUUAUGCACAAAACAAUCACACUCUAAAUGAGAAAGGAAACCAGUCACUAGUAAUGGUUAUUUAAAAAUGCUACAUCUGCUGUUUUUUGCUAGCACAUUUAACAGUUAAGCUUUGAAUUAUUAUUGAUUUAUAGUUUGAAAAAUAUUUGGCUAUUAUGUUCAUUUGUAGACCUAGUCAUAGUUCAGUUAAGGGAUAGAGAAAAAAUCACCAAUACUGGCAGCUGUGCUAUUUUAACACAUUUUAUAUUAUAAUGUAUUUUUGUUGUAAAUUAUAUUGUAAAUCUGUUUAAAAGUGAUUUUUGACAUUAUACAUAUUUGUUCUCAUAAUUGUGACUAUAUUUUUUGCAACAAAUAAAUAAAGCUAAGUUAGGCUGUUUUCUAGUGUUACAUAUUUAAAAGCUGCUACUGUACAGCGACUCUUAACUCUUUUAUGCACAACUGUUAGUAAAUGUAAAAUAUUUCAAGUUUUGCUGAUGCAACAAAAUACCUGAAAAUAAAGAUUUCUUUCAUA